AUGGUACUUGAAUCCCCAAAACGCUGCUUCCAACAUGCUGGUGGAUCAUCAUCCAUUUCAUUUGAAGAUGGCGUUGAUAAUGAAAAGAAGUCCAUGUUGGUAGCAUCAGAACCCAUUGCAAUCAACAGAGAGUCUGCUAGCAGCCAGAUAGGCAGUGAUUUGAAUCCACACUCGUCGCCUAAGCAAGUGAAUAGAAUGCGAGCACAGUUAUCUUCGAUUGUUUUUGGAGAGCAAGAUACUGUUGCUAGUGAGAGAUUGGCAACAGGGAACGCCACUCGACCAACUUUGGCUGCUUCCACCAAUUCUGAAAACAUGUCAAACACUCCAAAUUAUUCACAACAUUCAACUCGUCGAUAUCCUCCAGGUGGUCAUUCUUCUAUAACUUUGGGUACAGAUCCAAUUGUUUGGCCAGAGCGUCAAGCACCACCAGCUUUUCCUCUCACUAGUCCUAUACAAUCCGUCAGCGUGCCUCAAUCUAUGCACAAGUCGUCCAUCAUCUUUGGCGAUGCAGGCAAGCAACUCCCCGAUCGCUUAUACUCUCAAAGACUGUUUCCCUAUAAGACAGCGAAUGACACCAUGAAAUUUAACGAUUUUUCUGAUCAUCACGACAACAUGAGUAAGGUGGAUCGAACAUCUGCAAGACUUGAUCCUGCAACUUUUGAUCACGCUGCUGGACGUCGAUCUGAUCACCAGCACAGGUGUUGA